UUGUGCUGCUGUUGUAGGUGACUUAUCUCCCUCUCUGAAUUCAAGGUAGAUAUGCUGAAUGUGUGUGCUGCUAACCAGUGUUAGAUACAAUUCAGAGGUCACUGUUUUAAAUCUUGCAAUAUUUGACGAUCAUAGACAGACACAGAGUCGAAGGUGAAGAUGUCUGGAGAUAUACCCCUCAAUAUCAACAUCAAGGAGCCCCGCUGGGACCAGGGCACCUUUAUGGGCCGGGCCCAGCACUUCUUCAUGGUGACGGACCCCAGGAACGUGCUGCUGUCCGGCGCGGUGUUAGAGGAUGCACGCGUCACUGUAGAGAACUACAGACAAGGUAUUGUGAGGCCUGGACUGACAGAGGAUGAGCUCUGGAGAGCCAAGUACGUCUACGACUCGGCUUUCCACCCCGACACUGGUGAGAAGAUGAUUCUGGUUGGACGCAUGUCUGCCCAGGUGCCCAUGAACAUGACCAUCACUGGCUGCAUGCUCACCUUCUACAGGACAACCCCAGCAGUGGUCUUCUGGCAGUGGGUCAACCAGUCCUUCAACGCCGUGGUCAACUACACCAACCGCAGUGGCGACGUUCCCCUGACAGUGAAUCAGUUGGGUGCAGCCUACGUCAGCGCCACGACUGGAGCAGUCGUCACAGCACUGGGCCUGAAGUCUCUCGCUAAGCACCUGCCUGCCAUCAUGAGUCGCUUUGUGCCCUUCGCUGCUGUCGCCGCGGCCAACUGCAUCAACAUUCCCUUCAUGAGACAGAGGGAGCUGAAGUACGGCAUCCCCAUCACCGACGAGGAGGGCAACCGGCUGGGCGAAUCGACCAAGGCGGCCCAGCAGGCCAUCGUGCAGGUGGUCGUGUCCCGGAUUGGCAUGGCCGUGCCAGCCAUGGCUAUCCCUCCUGUUAUUAUGAACGCACUGGAGAAGAAAGCCUUCAUGAAGCGGUUCCCUGUGCUCAAUGCUCCAGUCCAGGUUGGCUUGGUGGGAUUCUGUUUGGUGUUUGCUACUCCUCUGUGCUGUGCACUAUUCCCCCAGAAGAGCUCCAUGAGUGUGAGCAGCCUAGAGGCGGACGUUCAGGAACGGAUACGAAAGAGCAGCCCCCACAUCUCUACCGUCUUCUUCAACAAGGGCCUGUAGACACCCCCCACCUCACCCCCCCGUCUCACUCCGUAGAGCACACCGCACCCCCCCCCCCCCCUUCCUCUGCAGACAACUCAAAGGGUCCCAUACAAAUGUGUUCAUACUUUGAUAUUUUGUACUUCAGUGUUAAGUUACCUCCUCUGGUCCUCAACUCCAUACAAGGAAGAAAGAUGCCCUACUAUGCUGGAAGGAUGUCAUUAGGUCUGACUCAAUGUAGGUUUUUUUUUUUUGUUUGCUUUAUGGUUACAGAGAUGAUGAGUGGGUGUUUUGUGGUUGUAGGAUGGGAAAGGUGGAUAUUUAAUUGCUUAUAACAAUUUAUCCAUUUCCAGCUAAGCUUUACUUGCUUUAUGUAUUUAUUUUCGUCUUGAGUUUUGCUGUUUUCCUUUAAUGUCUAUUUAUUUAACUCGUAUUUAUGCUUUCUUUGAGUCUUUGAGUUGCUUCUUUAUGUGUUUCACAGUGGUUGGUCAAUCCUUUUCUUGGUGAUGCAGAUCAUUACCAUUGUGUGUCAUCUUGUCCCCUCCUUCUGUUACACAUAAAAUAUAUAUAUAUAUUUUUUUUUUACUUUUCAAGAAGUAUGAACUCGUUGUGUAACUUACAGGUUGUAACUUUUUCGCUUGCUAGCUCGCUCACACACGUACACGCACAUACACACACACACACACACACACACACACACACACACACACACACACACACACACACAGCAUGCUCUGUCCUGUGCUCACAGAAGUGCUCUUAAACUCCAUGUCCUUUACACACACUCAGCAGCAGGUGCUGAAUGGCUGUACAAGCCCACCUGUUUCUUCUCUCGUUCAGCGUUUCUUGCCUCUGUUGGGUGUGUGUGUGGGUGGGUGGGUGAGCACAAGUCCCUCCCUUUAGCAAGUAUACCCACAUCCAUUAAAAGCUGGUGAGAACCCACCAGCAUCCUCAGGUCAGCCCACGACCAACUAAAUGGGUUAGCCCCUGGGCAUAAUCUGACCCUUAGUGUCCCCUUGACUGUAAACAUUAAUGGUUUAAUUUGUGAUGUAUAGCAAGUGUGUCUGACAGAGAAUGUCUUGACUUGACUAUCUAAUGAUUGUGGAGUGUGGUUACUGAAUAUUUAUGGUGGCUAAAUGUUUUAUUCGAGUGAUUUCGUACUAUGUGGUACUUAUGAUCUGUAUUCUCCCUUGCCCCACACCCACUGAAUGCACCUCUCUGUAACACUUGACUUUCAUUCACAAGCUUAGUUAUUGAGUGUGCGUUAGCAGAGCACAUCGUGCUGCUAGCACAGUUUCUCUUCAGCGCAUCGGCCCUGAUGGACACAGGCAAUAACACUGUUCCUAGCAGAUAUUAAUAGUAUAUUAAUAACACAUUAACAGUAAGGACUAGUUUGUUUAACCAAGAGAUGUUGAGAUGUGCAGGGUUAAGCAGCCACGCACCGCCAGCCAAACAGAUCAAACUGUGCAGUGGUUAUGUGAUGUGGUUUUAUGACGUGGCUAUUUAAUUGUCAUCAUCAACUAUAGACUAUAUUUUUAGCUUCACUUAAAUGCAAAAUCUGUCCUUGUAUUUGGUAAGGAAAAUAGUUUUCUGAACCUUAGUACUCUAUGUUUGUGGUGUACUGUUGAAGAAAAAUGUAUUGCACUACCUGUUGUAUCCAUUAGGUGGCGUCAGGCACAGCCAUCCUAAACUCCUUUAUAGAUUUACUUCUGUGUGCAGUGGGUGCUUUGUAUGUGUUAGUGCUCUAAUAUGGUGAUGAGGGAUUGUUUAUCUGCGGAUUUGUUUGGGCCUAAACUAGUGCACUCCUAGAAGCUCUUCUGUUGUACGUUUAAAAUGCUCUGUUGGCUGUUUUUCUUUUUAUGAACCGAAACUGGUGGAACCAUUAUGCAAUGACCUAUGAUUGAUAUUUUAAAGAAAGGGCACUACCUGGCCCCAUUUGUGCAAACUGUUGUUGGUUGAUAUGUUACACACAGAUAUACACAGCAUGUUCUUCCGGUUUGUGUGGCCUGCUGUUGGACGGGCUCUGGCUUGUAGACCACAUAUCUGUGGGAGAUGAUGAAAAUGUGAUCCAGAGGACGUCUCGAUGUGCAGAUCAGUAACAUACAGUGCCCAGCUGUUACCAUGUAUCUCCAUCUUAUAUUUGAGGAAAUCAGUUGUCAUUUUAAAGGCCGUGGUGGAGGGGUCUUAUUGUCCCUGAAUUAAGUCUUGCACUAAGACCAUGACCUACUACAAGUAGACAAACUGCAGUACAUGAGAAGGCUGCUAUCUUGUUCAAAAAAUGUAAUGCAAUAUCGUUCAUGUUUCUGUAAUGUAUUUAAGAGUGGUGUUUAACAUGCUAUAUCAAUAUAUCUUUCUCAUCUUGUUGCACUUGUCUCACACUCACCACUUUGUUUUUUCAUCUGCUGUUUUUCAUGUAAACGGGCAUCUGACAUUUUAGAACAAAAUCCGCCUUUCAGAAAUAUGUUGAAUAUAUAUAUAUAUAUAUUGAAUGUUCAAGUAUAGAGUCCUGAGGCUUUGAGUUUCUGUGCAUUUUACAGUUCAAGAGGCCCAGCCAAAGAUAAUGUAUGUGUAACCAAUGACAAAAACGUAUAGCGGUGACAAACUACGUAAGCACAAUGUGUCUUUGGGUGUGAGUUGCUCCAGCUUUAAGUCAGGUGUGGUUGUUAAUGCAUUAAGCUGCAUAAGACAGGAUUAAAGUACUCGCGCACAUGAAUGUCAGCACAACUCCACUCACACGUCAGUCACUUAACGGUGCUCAUUCAUUUAUGUGUUCUGUUUGUUUGCAUUUUGUAUUCAUUUGGAAGACAUGUUACAUCUUCAUGGGAUGUAUUUACCCUGAACAAUGAAAUAAAGUGAAGUCAUGCACAGACAUGAACAAAUCUCCCACUA